AUUUUAUCAAAUUGCUGCUGAUGCUAAAGAUAUCUAUAACUUUGCAGUCAGCAGCUAGGAUUUCGUGUUUCCAGGCAAGUUGCGUUUGGCUCUCCCAGUCUAUAUUUUAAAGAUAUUUUUAACCUGCUAUGCUGUUGGUGAACUAGUUUUAACUAGUAGAAAGAUCCGUGCAGCCCGUGGACUCACUCUUUCAUUUCUUCUUAAUUGUACCUUAAUUUCUUGCAUGUUGUAAUCGAUGGAUUUGGUAAACUGUUCGGCAAAAUGCUCGUCAAAAAGCUGUUGCAAUCGUGAGACUACAAUAGAUAAUGAACUCGGAAGUUGCGAUCAUAUUUAUGCAAAUUUGAUCGAAUGCAAGAAUAAAGGUAUAAAUACUGAAAAUCCCGUCGUCGAACCAACGACGACAAUAUCAACUAUGAACAAAUGUUCCAGUAAUGAAGAUUCCAGAAAAAACAUAUUCUUUGGUCAAAUUCGAACGUUCUUACACACCAGCCUGUUUUGAUUCGUAACAAAAUGGGCCAUGAAGUCAAGAAAGAGUCGAGAGAACUGACACAUUCUUUAUAUAGAUUACCGCACGAUACGAAUUUUCAAUGUCCCAGAUGUGGGCAGAGAAUGGAAGAACCCAGACUUCUUCCUUGUUUACAUCCUAUAUGUUUACCGUGCGUUUAUGAAUUGAUGAGCAAAUCUUCGUACAUUUCUUCGAAGAACGAAAUACGAGAUGACAAUCGAAUAUAUGCACGACUCGAUAUGUAUGAAACGUGUCCGUUAUGCAAUUCGCCUUUGCCGAAAUUUAAUUCAAUUAAUUCUACUAUACUACCACCACAUUAUCCUUUGCAACAUCGGUCAGUUAUGGAUACAAUGCGACGUAAACUGGUCAAUAAAGUACUUUGUGAUACCUGUACAAACGAAAUUCCGGCGCUCAUGCAAUGUUCAACGUGUUUGCGUAAUUUCUGUUCGGAAUGCGGCGGGCAGCAUGAACAACAAAAUAUUGCGGAAGCAAGAACGAAUAAACAUUUAAUGAGACCACUGUGGGAAGUUACCAAAGUACGACGGACGAUUUUAUGUCAAACGCAUCCGACGCACGCUUUAAAAUUUUAUUGCAUCGCGUGUCAGCAGGUGACAUGCAAAGAAUGUAUGUGGAGUGCUCAACACAGAGGUCAUGCCAGUGAGGAUGCUAUAGGAGUGGGCAAAAGAGCUAGUACAUAUUUAGCAAUAAUGUUGCAAAAAGCAAAAAUAUAUCUAAAUAAAUUAUUAAUUCAAUAUAAUCACGAUGUAUUUUCAACUAAUGAUCUUGAAGAAGCACACAGUGUUAUCACGACUUGCAGGUAUAAAGUGUACAUUCAGACUGAUGUGAGAUUAACUGAUGUACAAGACUGACUAGAAUUGUUAAAAUUGUAUAAUUUGAAUAUAUUUUACUAAUUGUAUAUAUAUAUAU